AUGACUGAUACGACUCGUGUUAUCACGCGGUGUAACGAACCUAUCGGAGUGGAUAACUUUCACGAUAGCCUCGAGGGACUGUGCUCGUCUACCCAUGAAUGUGGGUAUACGGAUUCUAAUGCUUACAUCUACAAUCCCAAAAUGCUACCGACUCAGCAGCGUUCUCAGCUUGAGAGUAAUCUCCGGCAAGUCAUUGAGGCAAUUCAAGGGUCUCAAGCGAGGCCAGUUACGGAUUCGCCGAAGGAGUCCAAGGUCAUCUACCUUUGGCUACAAACGUAG